ACAAACUCUUAAAGAUUUAUUUAUUUUAUGUGUAUGAGUACACUAUAUCCAUCUUCAGACACACCAGAAGAGGGCAUCAGAUCCCAUUACAGAUGGUUGUGAGCCACCAUGUGGUUGCUGGGAAUUGAACUCAGGACCUCUGGAAGAGCAGUCGGUGCUCUUAACCACUGAGCCAUCUCUCCAGCCCUGGACCCAAACUCUUAAGAAGGAACUAUUUCCAAUUAAAAUGGGAAUUUUCAUCAUAGAAAAAAUAUUCUAGAACAAACACAUAUAUAUGCACAUAUAUAACUAUUCUUAAACAUAGGCUAAGUUCCACAGUAGCAUUCAAAUGAAGUCAUUAAACCAUUGAGGGAGGGACAACAUUUACUGCCUGACAGGUAGCAGAGAAACCCUUUACAGAGGCCUCUUAAGGUGAGCCUUUGUCAUUGAGUGUGAUUUGUCAGGCCAAGGGGGAUUCAGGGAAGAGACUUUCAGGCUUGAGCAAAUGGGCACGAAUACCUCCUCUUUCAAGACUUUUUUUUCAUAAGCUUCGGGUGGGGUGGGGGAUAGACAGGGCACAUUUGAAGCCACCAGAAAACAAGGGUUAAAAAUACGUUGGUUUGAGAGCAGAGGAUUAAAUGAUCCUUGCUUGAAGUGAAAUACAAGCAGUAUGAAUAAGCAAGUGAUUUAACUCUUUGACAACCUGACUUUAUGUGUUAUGCUUUACAAAAAAAUGGUACAGCAAAACCACAGAAUGGGUGGAGUUGUUACACUGUGCCCGACUCAGGCAAACAAUCACUGCCUCAAGGCCCACAGAGAAACAUGCUUCCACAAAACAGCCCCUUCCAGCUUUUACUUUCUUGCCUGCUGUAUGCACUGAAUCUAAUAAUUUUUUUUCCCCUCCCUGUUUGGAGAAUUCUUUCACACUGGAGUCACCAGGAUGACACAGCCAGCCAGCACAGACGGCUCAACUGGUGAUAAGAUAAUUCUUUAGUUCCUUGCCUUAGCACAUCAUAGGUACUCAACAAAUGCUAGAACGUGAUAUUGGGAAAUGUUGAUACACUGAGCAUAGCAACAAGGUUGUUUAACACCAAAUUCUAGCUAGAUUCUGCAACUAUUUAAAGUGACUCGUCGGGUUGAGAGAUGGUUUAGCAGUAAAGCGUUCAUGCUGCUUUUCCAAAGGAGUAGAGUUUGACUUCUGGCAGUCACAGCAGGCAGAUGACAGCUCCAGGGGAUCUGAUGCCUCUGGCCUCCAUAGGUACCAUCACUCGUUCACAUAACCACAUGUAGAUAUACACACAUUCACAUAAUUAAAAAUAAAUCUUAAACGUAUUUUGAAAAGUUGCUUAUGCAAAAGCAGAUUUUAAAAAAAUUUGUAGGACACUUUAUGAUGCUUUUUCAUAGUUCUGCCAGGCACAGUUGCAUUUUAAAAAAAAAUGAGAGAAACCAGGAAAUGGAAACUAGAGUGUAGAUGGUUCUAUUCAGCCCAAGACUGAUUGUGAGAAAGGAAGUCAGAUAGGCCACGCCUUUGCAAAGCCUGACCACACCAGCAAGGAACUGCUGCCGCGGGCCUACUGUGGCCCGUGCUCUGAGGACUACUGCGGGCGAAGGCGUCAGCCCGGAGUCCAGCUCUCAAAGGCUUUAGGUCUCACCACCUACAGCCCGUCCAAACCGGCCACCGCUUGUGCAGUUCAAACGAACUCUCACUUAACCGAGCUCCUUUCCCUGCUUCCCUCGCGGUGGUGGAAUGACGUAACUUCCGGUCGCUGGACGCACGUGGGAGGAAGUGCCCUCGGCUGGCCGCUCCCGCCAGUCUCGUUGGUUACACUCUCCCGCUGCCCGGCUGCUGCUUCGAGCUGCCCGCUGGUCAUGGGAGUCCCGGCGUUCUUCCGCUGGCUCAGCCGCAAGUACCCGUCCAUCAUUGUCAAUUGCGUGGAGGAGAAGCCAAAAGAAUGCAAUGGUGUGAAGAUUCCAGUUGAUGCCAGUAAACCUAAUCCAAAUGAUGUGGAGUUUGAUAAUCUGUAUUUGGAUAUGAAUGGAAUCAUCCAUCCCUGUACUCAUCCUGAAGACAAACCAGCACCAAAAAAUGAAGAUGAAAUGAUGGUUGCAAUUUUUGAGUACAUUGACAGACUUUUCAAUAUUGUAAGACCAAGAAGACUUCUCUAUAUGGCAAUAGAUGGAGUGGCACCACGUGCCAAAAUGAACCAGCAGCGUUCAAGGAGGUUCAGAGCAUCUAAGGAAGGAAUGGAAGCCGCAGUUGAGAAGCAGCGAGUCAGAGAGGAAAUACUUGCAAAAGGUGGCUUUCUUCCUCCAGAAGAAAUAAAAGAAAGAUUUGACAGCAACUGUAUUACACCAGGAACUGAGUUCAUGGACAAUCUUGCUAAAUGCCUUCGCUAUUACAUAGCUGAUCGUUUAAAUAAUGACCCCGGGUGGAAAAAUUUGACAGUUAUAUUAUCUGACGCUAGUGCGCCUGGUGAAGGAGAACACAAAAUCAUGGAUUACAUUAGAAGACAAAGAGCCCAGCCUAACCAUGACCCAAAUACUCAUCAUUGUUUAUGUGGAGCUGAUGCUGAUCUCAUUAUGCUUGGUCUUGCUACACAUGAACCUAACUUCACCAUAAUCAGAGAAGAAUUCAAACCAAAUAAACCUAAACCAUGUGCUCUUUGUAAUCAGUUUGGACACGAGGUCAAGGACUGUGAAGGUUUGCCCAGAGAAAAGAAGGGGAAGCAUGAUGAACUUGCAGAUAGUCUUCCUUGUGCAGAAGGGGAGUUCAUCUUCCUUCGGCUGAAUGUCCUUCGAGAGUAUCUGGAACGAGAGCUCACCAUGGCCAGCUUACCGUUCCCAUUUGAUGUGGAGAGGAGCAUCGAUGACUGGGUGUUCAUGUGCUUCUUUGUGGGGAAUGAUUUCCUUCCUCACUUGCCGUCACUAGAGAUUAGGGAAGGUGCAAUUGAUCGUUUGGUUAACAUAUACAAAAACGUGGUACACAAAACUGGGGACAGUUUUAGAAGACGACAGAAAGAAAAAAGAAAGAGGAUGAAGAGAGAUCAACCAGCUUUUACUCCUAGUGGAAUAUUAACACCUUACGCUUUGGGUUCAAGAAAUUCUCCAGGUUGUCAAGUAGCCAGUAAUCCAAGACAAGCCGCCUAUGAAAUGAGGAUGCAGAGUAACUCUAGUCCUUCAAUAUCCCCUAAUACAAGUUUUGCAUCUGAUGGCUCCCCAUCUCCACUAGGAGGACUUAAGAGAAAAGCAGAAGAUAGUGAUAGUGAGCCAGAGCCAGAGGAUAACGUCAGGUUAUGGGAAGCUGGUUGGAAGCAGCGAUACUACAAGAACAAAUUUGAUGUAGAUGCAGCUGAUGAGAAAUUCCGACGUAAGGUUGUUCAGUCUUAUGUUGAAGGAUUGUGCUGGGUUCUUCGAUAUUAUUACCAGGGCUGUGCUUCCUGGAAGUGGUAUUACCCAUUCCAUUAUGCGCCGUUUGCCUCAGACUUUGAAGGUAUUGCAGACAUGCCUUCUGAAUUUGAAAAGGGCACAAAACCGUUUAAACCACUGGAACAGCUAAUGGGGGUUUUUCCAGCUGCAAGUGGUAACUUUUUACCUCCAACAUGGCGGAAGCUCAUGAGUGACCCUGAUUCUAGUAUAAUUGACUUCUAUCCUGAAGACUUUGCUAUUGAUUUGAAUGGGAAGAAGUAUGCAUGGCAAGGUGUUGCUCUGUUGCCAUUUGUGGAUGAGCGAAGGCUGCGAGCGGCCCUAGAAGAGGUGUACCCAGACCUCACUCCAGAAGAGAACAGGAGAAAUAGUCUUGGAAGUGAUGUUUUGUUUGUGGGAAAAGUUCAUCCACUACACGACUUCAUUUUAGAGCUGUAUCAGACAGGUUCUACAGAGCCAGUAGAUGUGCCGCCUGAGUUGUGUCACGGGAUUCAAGGGAAGUUUUCUUUGGAUGAAGAAGCCAUACUUCCAGACCAAACAGUAUGUUCCCCUGUGCCCAUGUUACGGGACUUGACACAGAACACUGCAAUCAGUAUUAAUUUUAAAGAUCCACAGUUUGCGGAAGAUUAUGUUUUUAAAGCUAUAAUGCUUCCAGGAGCAAGAAAGCCAGCAGCAGUUCUGAAACCCGGAGACUGGGAAAAAUCCAGCAAUGGGCGGCAAUGGAAACCCCAGCUUGGCUUUAACCGGGACCGGCGGCCUGUUCACCUGGACCAGGCAGCCUUUAGAACUUUAGGCCAUGUUAUACCAAGAGGCUCAGGGACUGGUGUUUACAGCAACACUGCACCCCCACCUGCCAAUUACCAGGGGAACGUAUACAGGCCACUGCUGAGAGGUCAAGCUCAGAUCCCAAAACUAAUGUCAAAUAUGAGGCCCCAAGAUAACUGGCGAGGUCCUCCUCCUCUUUUCCAGCAGCAGAGAUUUGACAGAAGUGUUGGAGCUGAACCCCUACUGCCGUGGAACCGAAUGCUCCAAACCCAAAAUGCAGCCUUUCAGCCAAAUCAGUACCAGAUGCUGGCUGGGCCCGGAGGAUAUCCACCCAGACGUGAUGACCAUCGAGGAGGGCGACAGGGAUAUCCCAGAGAAGGAAGGAAGUACCCUUUGCCACCGCCCUCGGGAAGAUACAGUUGGAAUUAGGCUUUUGUAAAGCUUCCCACAUUCCUUUCACCAUUUUACACUUUCAUGCUAUUUGUGGAAAGGUUUCUUUCUCAAGUAGUAGUUUUUAAUAAAACUAUAGUACUUUGUGUAUUUCUUUUAACUGUGUGUAUAUUUUUACUGAUCUGAUCUCACUGUUUUAUGUUGCUUUCUAGAGAUGUGUAUUGCAUAAUACAGUGGGUCUGAAUUUAUUAUUGCUUGUAAACACAUUUGAUGAAAUUAGGAGUCCUGGGUUUUCAUUAUGGUUAAAACUCAAAACAGCUCUAUGCUGAUUUUAAUGCACAUUAAUAAUUAGGUAUGGACAUUUGAACUGCACAUUCUGCAGACUAGAGCAUAUAUUGUUCAACAUUUCUUUGAAAACAUUUCAUUAAAGUACUUGUCUUACAGAAAUUUGUGGACUUUAGUAAAAAAAAUAAAAAUAAAGCUAAACUUUAAAAA